GUGCGGGUCGCGGCGCAUGCGCGGAGCGGCGCGGCGGGCACUGGGGCUGGCCGGGCUCUUUUGUUCGACGGAGGCAGACGGAGCGCGCCAGGCCCGCGGCGCCGGCCCCUGCCCGCCCGUAGGCCGCUUCCCUUCGGAACCGUUGGCGGGGCUGUGCAAGCAGCGUCGCCCGUAAGCUGAAAAACUGGCCAGCACAAUGGGAAAAAAACAGAACAAGAAGAAAGUAGAAGAGGUCUUAGAGGAAGAAGAGGAGGAGUAUGUGGUGGAGAAGGUCCUGGAUCGACGAGUGGUGAAGGGCAAAGUGGAAUAUCUGCUGAAAUGGAAAGGCUUCUCCGAUGAAGAUAACACAUGGGAGCCAGAGGAGAACCUCGACUGCCCAGACCUCAUUGCAGAGUUCCUUCAGUCCCAGAAAACUGCACACGAGAGUGAGAAGUCUGAGGGAAGCAAACGCAAAGCAGAGUCUGACACGGAGGACAAAGGGGAGGAGAGCAAACCAAAGAAGAAGAAGGAGGAGUCGGAGAAACCACGAGGCUUUGCCCGGGGCUUUGAGCCGGAACGGAUCAUCGGUGCCACAGAUUCCAGCGGGGAGCUCAUGUUCCUGAUGAAGUGGAAGAACUCUGAUGAGGCCGACCUGGUCCCCGCCAAGGAAGCCAACAUCAAGUGCCCCCAGGUGGUCAUCUCGUUCUAUGAGGAGAGGUUGACAUGGCAUUCCUACCCCUCAGAGGACGAUGACAAGAAAGAGGACAAGAACUAAACCCCGGCACCCGCCCUGGCCAGCCUUUGUAUAAAGAUCUGAACUGUGGGUUUGAGCAAGAGGGGGAGAACGCAGCUCUGCUCAGUCGGGAGCGUAGAGAUGGCUGGAGAAGAUGCCCUUUGAAGAGACCAGUAUGGUUUCUGUGCCCUGCAGCUGCUCCGCUGCUUUAUGCAGCUUCAUGCUGUGUACAGAUUCAAACCAGCCCGGCUCACUGGGGGAGGGAAGGGUGGGGGGUCUGGGGAGGGGGGGGGCCAUGGGAUUUCCAGGCUGUCCGUUUGGCAGCUUGUGGGAGAGGAAGCAAAGCCCCUUCCAUGAAGGACUGUCACUGGUGAUGGGUGGGCUGGGAAAAAGGAGUGCAGAUGGAUACUGCUCAUUCUUCAAAGACCAUCUCAGCAACCCACAGCCUUCUUCCCAAUAGUGUUAACUCUGCAUUUUUACGGCGUAGCAUGUGUGUAGUUUUGUUUUUGUUUUGUUUUUUUUUUUUUCUGUUGUUGGUUUUAUUUUUGUUUCGUUUUGUUUUUUUUCUUUUGCUAUUACUGGUGUAUCGGUCUGGGGGUAUGGGGGGAGGGAUGUGGGGAAAUUGGUCUCUUGUUUCAUUGGGGAGGGAGGGAGAUGAGGUCUGGUGACAAUGUUCCAGAUCAUUUCCAGGUCUUUUUUAGAACCUGAAUUCAGAAAAGGAAAGAGAAAAAAAAAAAAAAAAAAAAGAGCCCAGUAUUGAUGACAGAACUAAGGAGACAGGGACGCUGACAUGAGACUGAGACUGUGAAUGUCCACAUCUUUGGAGCCGAGGUCCUCAAAACCCUCAGAGCAGUUUGUAUGGGGGGAGGGAGGGUGAGGGGAGACUUGUGAAAAUGCAAACUUGUGAUUCGUAUUGUCCUGAAGCAGAACUGCCAGUUACUGACACACGCAUUGUAUAUGGGAGGGUAGGGUGGGAAUGCAUCUUAACCCCUUAAAAGCCUUUCUACCUUUUCUUUUUUUUUUCCAUCACAAGGUGCUAUUUGUCAAAAUCGGGGGGGAGAAAGACUAUUGACUAUUUGUUCCUUUUCCCACCUUAACUUGACUGUCCAGCCAGCAGCACUGGGAACCCUUCACAUUUAUCACAUGGGAGAGAGAGGAAACCACAAGCAGCACAAAAAAAAAUAAUAAAAAAAAAAAACAAAAUUAAUUCCAUAUUCUCCCAUAACAAGUGAUUGUUUUUAGGAGGCCAGACGUUGGUGCCGGAGCCAGAUGAGUAACCCUGAACCUUCGGAGGGUUUUUUAAAAUCCAGUUUAUUACAAAUAAUGACUUAUUUAAUGUCUGGAAUCAUGAGCCCCACCAGACUCCUGGCACCUCCUUGUAGGGUGGUAUGUAUCUAGACUUGCAUUGUACAAACCUUUUUUUAAAAGCAUGUGUUUAGGUUUCUGUGAAAACGUUGUUUAAAUGUAAAGUACGUGUUUGGAUUUUAACUUCAUACCGAGCUCUG